UUCAUGGCUGGUCCAUGAAUAAGGCAAUCUCAUAUAAUUGUGUGUUUCUGACAAACUCUUUGCAUAAAGCACCAAAGAUACUCCAUCGAGCUCUCUGCCAUGAACUCUCUCACUCUUCCAUUUCUAUUGGUUCAUUUCUCUCUCCUAAUCCUUCUCACCUCUGUUUCUGCUACCUUACCCCACAAAAUCCCAAGGCUCAGUAUACUCCAUGGAACAUUCACUAGAGGCCCAUCCAAUACCAUCUCAGCCUCUGCAUCAAAUGACAUGGAAACCUUCUUUUACAACCAAACACUUGAUCACUUCAACUACAGGCCGGAGAGCUAUGCAACUUUUAAGCAAAAAUAUGUAAUCAACUCCAAGUAUUGGGGUGGUGCAAAAGAAAGUGCUCCAAUCUUUGUCUACUUUGGUGAUGAGCAGCCACUUGAUGUGCAAAUGGGUGCAGUUGGGUUUCUUUCAGAGAAUGCUCCUCAUUUCAAAGCUCUGCAAGUUUACAUAGAGCAUCGAUUCUACGGACAUUCUAUACCAUUUGGAACAACGGACGAGGCGAUGAGCAAUGACAGCACUCGUGGUUAUUUCAAUUCGGCUCAGGCUCUUGCGGAUUAUGCAGAGGUGAUCAUCUACUUGAAGAAAAAACUAUCCGCACAUAAUUCACCGGUUAUUGUUGUCGGAGGGUCCUAUGGGGGAAUGUUAGCUUCAUGGUUCCGGCUGAAGUAUCCCCAUGUUGCUCUUGGAGCUCUAGCUUCAUCAGCUCCUAUCCUUUACUUUGACGACACCACCCCACGAGAUGCAUACUAUUCAGUUGUUACCAAGGAUUUCAAAGAAGUUAGUAAUAGUUGCUACGAAAGAAUAAGGAAAUCAUGGUCUGAGAUCGAUAGAGUCGCUUCCAAGCCGAACGGUCUCUCCAUCCUUAGCAAGAAAUUCAGGACUUGCACGCCGUUGGAUAAUUCCGGGGACUUCAAGGGAGUCUUAGAGUUAAUAUAUGCCAUUGCAGCUCAAUAUGAUAGUCCGCCGUCGUACCCUGUUUCACAGGUCUGUGAGAGAAUCGACGGAGCAAAUGAAGGAACCGAUAUUCUUGGCCGGAUAUUUGCCGGCUUUGUUGCUGUCGCUGGAAACAUGACUUGCUAUCCCUUCAAAGAAUACUAUACGACAUCGAAAUUAGAUGGCUGGACUUGGCAAGUAUGCAGUGAGCUGGUGAUACCAGUGGGCAUUGGCGUGAACGACACAAUGUUUCAACCAGAUCCUUUCAAUCUAAAGCAAUUCAUCAAUGGUUGCAGAAGUCUGUAUGGGGUCUCACCUCGGCCGCACUGGAUCACAACCUACUAUGGUGGUCAUGAUAUAAAAUUGGUUCUCCGUAGAUUUGCUAGCAACAUCAUUUUCUCCAACGGUCUCAGAGAUCCUUACAGCAGUGGAGGGGUGUUAGAGAACUUAUCGGACACUCUUCUUGCUGUUCAUACUGCUAAAGGAUCCCAUUGCUUGGAUAUUCUUACGCCAACGAAAACUGAUCCACAGUGGUUGAUAGAUCAAAGAAAAGUGGAGGUCAAGAUCAUUGAAGGAUGGUUCGAAACGUACUACGCCGAUCUUCAUUCUUUGUCACACUAGAUUAAAAACAAACAAAAAUACUCCAAAUAAAAAGCAAAAUAAACAUGCAUAUAUGAUA